UUCUUUGUUCACAUUUGUUGUAACGUUUAAAAGCUUCGUGUCCGCCUGUCGGAAUGAUGUGCAACGGCACAAAUCGAAAUUUCCGGAGCCAGUUAGCCGCUAUCCUGGAGAAACUGACGAACGCGGCCUUGGUGGAAAUCAGCAGCCUGGCUGAUGAAUGCUCGUCUGUCCUCUACAGUGAGAUCUCCCAACACAAGACCGAGAACGAGGCGCUCAAACGGAGGUGCUUUUCUCUGGAGAUCCAGUUGAAAGCAGCCAGGGAGGCUCACCAGGCUGUCGGCAGCAGGAGGCUCUCUGCAGAGCAGCAGCACUCCGCGCCAACCAUUCAGGGUGUUUUUGGAAAAGAGUGGUGCAUGGACCUAUGGCGGGACAAUAAACUUCCCCAUCAAAGGAAAACUAUAAUGGAGUCUGGUGCUAUGACAAGCAUGGCAGCACAAGCUAUAGAUUUGAUGGAUGGAGAGCCAGAUCUCAUCUUUGUUAAAGAGGAAACAUAUGACGACCACUCCAAUGGCCAGCAGAUGAGAGUGACUGAUAACAGAAAGCGUGUUGGAAUGUUUGAGGAGAACAGCAUGAUUCAUAGAUCUGUCAGCGAGCUGCAGCUUCACGCGGGAGAGUUAAACAACUUUGCUUUGGUGGCUCACGUGCAACCGCAACAAGACACGCAACCAACUUUUAUGGACAAGUUGAUAGAAGAUGCAUCAAUGAGUAAUCUGGUUGACAACAGUAACCCUCAAUCAACCACCGGUGACUACACAGAUUUCACGAACAGUAUCCACAUGAAUGCCACCAAACAGCUCCUCAUUCAGCCAAAACAGAUGAAAUCGCUUAAACGGUUCCAGUGCUUAUACUGCGGGAAAAUAUUCAACUAUCUGAGCAGUUUAAAAGUCCAUAUCAGACGACACUCGGGCGAGAAGCCGUUUAGCUGCAUAGUUUGCGGAAAGCAGUUUGCUCAGAAAACCUACUUGAAACUGCACCAGCGCGUGCACUCGGGGGAGAAACCAUACAGUUGUCCAGAGUGUGGCAAAAGCUUCUCCCAGAAAAGCUCUUUGAACAUUCAUCGUCGAACGCACACGGGUGAGAAGCCAUACAGCUGUGUGGACUGUGGGAAAAGUUAUGCAUACAAAUACAGUUUAAAUCACCACCAGUGUUUGAGUUAACUGAAGCCGCAUUAAUAGCUUGGUUGUUGUUUCAGAGUCUCAUGAUGAUGAUGCCAGUGUUUUAUUUCCGCAGAAAGUUGAAAUGUGGAGGGAAGUUGUGUAUUUUACAUAUUUAAACUGUAUCAUAGCCACAAAUGUGUUUUAUUUAUUUGAGCUAUCGUUCUGUGUAGAUCCCUCCUUAAUAUUUGUCAGGUGUUAUCACCUCAUUCUAGCCAAACCAGUAACUCUGCCGUUUGGAACUGUGUAGCUGGUUGACCAGCUAGCAGCUGCUGUGAUGUUUUUUCAAACAAACACUGCCAUGAUGUUACAGUCAGAGGUGGGAAACCGUGUCUUCAGCGAGUAAUAGUCCUGCCACAUAUUUAUUCCUUCCACAGGCUAAACCAGCUGGUUCAACUCUUCAGCAGAUAGAUGCGCUAAAUCAGUGAAAUCACCUGUUUUAGGUAGGACUUUUACUCACUGAAAUCAGGGUUUUCCACCUCUGGUUAUAGUGUUUUUAGGUUUACUGCCCCACCCAACGAGGUUUGUUUUCACUUGUGUCAAAACCAGAAACGCACUGAUUUUCAUUCAACUUGGUGAUGUUAGGCCUCGUCUGGAAUGGAUACCAAUAGAGCUGGAGCUUUUUUCUUUUCUUUAAUUGGUUUGUCAUAUCACUGUCGCUAUAUGAUAUCAGUAUAUGUGGCUGUAAGUGUGAUUCACAACAGGGCUUCUUUGUAGCCAGUGUUUAUUUU